AAGAAGAAGUCGCUUUAGCUGUUGCUAAAUUAAACUGCUAACGUUGCUAACAGGUGGACGCUGGCAGGAAGAAUCUCAACAUGGCCACACCAGUGUCUGUGCUACGCCUACCAAAAGGUCCUGACCCAAACAGUCGUGGGUUUGACCCGAGUUCUCCUCGUUUCAUCGCUCUCUGCCGCACAUCCAUUCCUACUUCGGCCGGAGCAGAUACCGAGCAGCUGCUGGAGGAACAACAUGCACGCUCUGUGCUUAGAGAGCGUUUCCUGCGCUGUCUGCUUGCCAUGAGUAACAAGAAAGUUCACUUUCGCAUGCACGAGAAGGUAAACGUUGAGGCCACAUUUGGGGCGUCGGACAUUGACGUGCUGAACUUUCAAGUGUCUGAUCUGCACACUCCCAUCGGGGUACAGAAAGAGGCCCUCAUCAGAUGUCAUGAUGUAAUUUCAUUAACAUUUGAAGUAUGACACUGGGUCUAAUUCCAAUCAGAAGCACUUUACUGUCUCUGGUUUGAUUCUGUGAAAACUCCUUCAAAGUGUUUUUUUUUGUCUGUUUUUGUUUUUUCUCUCUACCGAGGUUGGUAUUGAUGCCAUAUGUUUCUGUUAAAACUCUGAGUCUGAUUAAAACAUUGUGACCUACAGAUUCACAUCUUUCAUUUACAAACGGUUUGUUUCACCACAAGAGGGAGCCAUUUAUUUUUCAUUGAUGGCCUGGGUAGUAGAUUAGUAUAAAGAUUAGUAUAAAUGUCUUUAUAUUGUGACAACUGUUAUAUUUGUGCUGACAGACAGUUUUGUCAGAUUAACUGACAUUUUGAUUGGAAACCAGGCUGGAAGUAGUCAUUGUUUAGGGUGUUGCUUAAUGAAAAAAUGAUUAAAUUGGUGGCAUAACAGCUUGUUUUUUGCAGUACAAUUGUGUCUCAGACCUUUUUUCUUGACCUAUGAACUUAUAUCGCAUUAUUCCACGUAUUGCCUGGAUGGCAACACUGCACUCUUCUUUUGAGAAGCUACAAGAUAUUGCUUUUUUCAUUAAAUAGUACAUGUAUUGCAGCUGUAUUAAUAUUCAUAUGUUAGAGCACAAAUUUCAGGUUCUUACAAUUUCUACCUUUAUAGUUGUUUUCUCCAAUUUUUGUAGCUUGAAAAUAAAAUUGUCGAUCACUGAUGCUUUUCAAUACUUUUUAUUUGAAAAACAAAAAAAAAAGGCUUCUUCAACAUCCACUGUAUUGCAGAUGCUUUUAUUGCUUGCUUAUGUUUCAGUUUAACAAGGGAUUUUUUUUUAUUUUUUUUUUACCAGGAUCAGCUUCUUUAAAUACAUCCAUUCUUAAU